CCACCACUGAACCCUUAAACCUUAACCUAGCAUGAGAAGACGAUGGGCGGUUGCCGUCACGGCCAGCAAGCCCACCCCUGGUCUACUAUCAACCUCCUCCUCCUCCAUACGACCCUUCUCUUCUCGGUAUUCCUCCUCCUCCGCCGUCGCCGCCGAAGACUUACUAGCCGAGACCCUGCCACCAGAGAAACCCAGCACCGGCUCGUUUCUCGUCGCCCGCCUAUCCUAUCUUCUCUCCCGGCCGCACUGGCGCAAGAACCGCUCUUUGAAAAAAUUGGGUCGCUCCGUGACCCCGCCCGUGGUCGCCGAGCUGCUCCAGGGCGGUUCCCUCGAUGCCGAGUCGGCGCUCGCGUUCUUCCAAUGGAUCGGCCAGCGUCCAGGAUACCGGCACAGUGUAGAGUCCUAUGCCUCCCUGGUCCACGUACUCCUUCGAUCGAAAUCUCGCUUCCAGGUUGACGAAGUUGUCACCUUUAUGAUCAAAUCGUGUUAUUCCGUCGAGGAAGUGCGCACAGCAUUGGAGACAUUUAAGUCGAUCAACAGAGCAGGUGGCGGUGUCAGAUUCAGGCCCUCUAUUUGGUGUUACAACACGCUGUUGAUGUCCCUCGGCAGGUAUGGAAUGAUCGAGGAGAUGAACGAUAUGUACCGGCAGAUUAAUAAUGAUCAAGUUUUGCCUGACCUUGUUACCUACAAUACGAUGAUCAAGGCCUAUUGCAUGGAAGGGAAUCUGGCUGAAACAAAACAGUAUCUUAGGUGCUUACUGGAAUCUGGUUUGGCUCCAGAUAGAUUUACGUACAAUUUUUUGAUCUUAGGGCACUGUCGGAGCAAGAAAUUAGACAGGGCUUGUUGGAUUUUCUUGAUGAUGCCACAGAUGGGUCGCCGGAGAAACGAAUUUUCAUACACCAUCCUCAUCCAAGGGCUCUGUAAGCACUCUAGGGUAAAUGAGGCUUUGAGCUUGUUCUUAAAGAUGGGAAGUGAUGCAUGUCACCCUAAUGUCCACACGUACACGGUGAUGAUAGAUGGUCUUUGCACGGUGGGAAAGCUUGAUGAUGCUGAGAAAUUGUUGAAUGAGAUUUUUGAUAGAGGUUUGGUUCCUAGCAAUGUGACUUACAAUGCUCUGCUGGAUGGUUACUGUAAGAGAGGGAAAUUUGAAGCUGCUUAUGGGGUUAUGAAGCUAAUGGAAUCAAAUGGUUGCAAGCUAGAUGAAUGGACUUAUUCGAUAGUCAUUCAGAGUCUUUGUAAGGAGAAUAGGCUUGAGGAUGCUGAGGCAUUGCUGAAUGAGGCCAUUGCAAGGGGUUGUGGUCCUAAUGUCUUUACAUUUAGCGCUCUCUUACAUGUAUAUUGCAAGCAUGGGAGGAUUGCUGAUGGUUUGAGAGUUAUGGAACUCAUGGAAUCAAAUGGAUGUAAACCAGAUGCAUGGACUUAUACAAUGAUGAUUGAUGGCCUGUGUAAGGAGAAUAGACUAGAAGAUGCUGUAAAAAUGCUAAGGGAGAUGUUUGAUAAACGUUUGAUUCCAAGUGUUGUCACCUAUACUGCUUUGGUUGGUGGAUUUUGUGAGAGAAGGAAGAUGAACGAUGCACUACAGGUUGUGGAGAUGAUGGAGUCAUAUGGGUGUCAACCAAAUGCUUGGACUUAUACUGAGCUGAUUUAUGGAUUUUGUCUAGAGAGAAACGUGCACAAGGCGAUGAGUUUGUUAUCCAAGAUGCUUGAAGGUGGAUCAACUCCAAACAUAAUCACAUACACCAACUUGAUUAAUGGGCAGUGCCAGGAGGGUUAUAUGGAUGAUGCUCUCAGAUUACUCAACUCAAUGGAGGCAAAAGGUUUGGUCGCUGAUCAGCAGACAUAUACUAUUUUAAUAGAUGCCCUCUGCAAGGACGGGAGAAUUGGUGAAGCUUAUGCUUUAUUUUCCUCUCUUGCCAGAAAAGAUGUAAUUCCAAACAAGGUCAUGUAUACUGCACUAAUAGAUGGCCUAUGCAAAUCAGGAAAGAUUGAUUUUGCUUAUUCCCUGCUUAUGAGAAUGAGUUUAGAUGAUUGCUUGCCAGACACCUUCACCUACAGUGUGUUAAUAGAUGGCUUUUGCAAAGAAAGAAAAUUGCAAGAAGCCUUGUCACUGCUGGGGACUAUGUCCAAAAAAGGUGUAGAGCCUACAGCUGUAACUUUUACGAUUCUUAUUGAUGAGAUGCUCUAUAAAGGGGACUAUGAUCAUGCUAAAAAGAUGUUGAACCAAAUAUUUUCUUCAGGUUGUAAGCCAACUGCACACACUUACACUGCAUUCGUCCAUGCCUAUUGCUGUGAGGGAAGGGUAGAAGAGGCGGAAAGUACAGUAACAGAGAUGAAGAAUGAAGGAAUUCUUCCUGAUUUGGUAACAUAUAACACAUUGAUUAAUGGAUUUGGAACUAUGGGGUACAUGGAUCGUGCAUUUUCUGCUCUCAAGAACAUGAUCGAUUCUGCAUGCCAUCCAAACUACUGGACUUACUCAGUUUUGCUCGAGCAUUUCUUGAAAGGCAAGCAGGAAAACAUUGUCCUUAGUAGUUCAGAAUUGUGGGAGAAAAUAGAUGUAGCAAUAGUUCUGGAGUUUUUAGGGGAGAUGGAACAGUUUGAUUGUGCUCCUAAUCUUGUUACAUAUGGUGCCCUCAUAGCAGGCUUCUGCAAGGUGGCACGGUUGGAAGAAGCAUAUCUGAUGUUGUCUCAUAUGAAAAAAGGAGGUUUAUUACCCAACGGAGACAUCUACAACUCUCUCAUUAUUUGUUGCUGCAAGUUAAACCGGUAUAUGGAGGCAUCAACUUUUAUGAACUCCAUGUCAGAAUGUGGCUAUCUUCCUCAGUUGGAAUCCUACCAGGUUCUUCUUUCAGGGCUCUGUGAUGAAAGAAACUCUGAGCAAGCUAAAUUAUUUUUCUGUGACUUAAUGGGUAAAGGUUAUAAUCCUGAUGAGGUUGUAUGGAAAGUUCUCAUUGAUGGUGUACUUAAAAAAGGUUAUGUGAAUGAAUGUUCUGAGAUGUUUACAAUCAUGAAGGAAUUGAACUGCUAUCCUACUCCUCAGACACUUGCUCUGAUGGCCAAGUACACUUCUGAACUAAGUCAGGGGGAAACAACCAUACUGGAGAAAUGAUCCUUCUUAAUUGGCAUCUUACAUGGUAAUUCCUGUGGCAACUUUUAAAUGUUCCCUUCCCUUGUAUGGAUACUUAUUGGUGGAAUUACACCGGAAGACUUAUGAAGCAUCCUUGUGAUGGUGUCAGAUGUCCUUCAAAGAACUGUCUUGAGACUGAUAGUAUCCUGUGAUAGUAAACCAUCCUUGACAUCUGAAUAGGUACAAGGGCACAGGUAUCUACUCAGACUAAACUGCACAAGUUCCUGCCUACUUGUAUGAGGCUGUUGCAAUGUACGGCAGCAAUUUACAAAGGGGAGUCCAGGAAAUGGAAUCCACACUGGAGCAGUGUUCAUAUUUUCCAUCAUAGGUUGGAAAUUGGCCUUCCAAGGCAUGAUGAGAUGUAAGACCUUUGCACAGAUCGACCAUGGCCCUUCUUUAAGAAUACCAAGAGAAUCCUCUUCGGAUGUAAACCGAAAAGAAAAAAAAAAUCCAUUGGUCAUUAUCAAGAAUUAAUGGAUUAGAAGGAAAAUUCCAAAGUUGGAUCACCGUUGUUCUAAUGAUUUCUAGCGGUGGUGGUUUCCUCAGAAACCAGUGGUAUUCUAAAAGCUAUGUGCCUAGUGUCAAAAGUCAGUUGGCCAUGGAUGGCCAGAUGUUUAAAGAUAGUGUAGUUUGAUGGUCAUGAAUUUUUCCCAAACCUCCAGAUAUGAACCAAGUCGAUAUAGCUAUUGUGAAUGCCAGGAUGGAUCAUGUCAUAUGGCUUAGGCAUGGAAAUAAGAAAUUUGUAUGUGAAAAUAUAUCUUAAAAAAGUUUAAAUUAUUGAAAAUCGAGUUUAGGGUUCUUGGUGAGGUAUGUGUAAUACAGUAUUUAGAACUUCAAAUUUCUUACUGAUUUAGAUAAUAAUACAAAUAUGCUUAUUUUCUUUGUUACAUUUGUUUCAUUGGUAUAGACAAGAAUAAGAAAAGCUUGCCUAAGAAUCAGCAUAUACAUUUCUGUUAUCUAAUGCUGUCACUGGUAUUUCUUUUUACAAAAGAAUGUUCCCAUCUUCUCUGAAUUUGAUAAUGUUGGCCAUGAGUUACAUAAUGUGCUUUGGAGGGGUUCUGGUCUGUACAACUAAACGACAAAAAUUAUACUGAUAUUUACAAAAAUCAUACUGAUAUUUAAUAAAUGCAGAUGCAUAUGAUGGUCACGAGUAGCCAAGAUAGAUGCAUUGGUAGUUGGAAGAAACACAAGCAAAACAAACUCGAAAUGUGUUCAUGCAGGACAUGGGACCAACAGGCUUUUUGGUAGACCUAUUCUUCCUAGAGGGUCCUCACGAUUGAGAUAAGACUUUUUGGUAGGACAUUCAGCUUUGGAAACUUCCAUGUUUGAUUACAAGAGGAGUAUCGGAAGGACAGUUAAGAUUCUGAUGCCUCUUUGCAGCAGAUCUCCUGAUACACGUCUCGUAUAGAUUGCAGGAAUUCUCAGUUACUCAACUCAACACUGCACUCACUUCUGCAGCUUGUGCUUCCUCACAACUGCACACUGGAGCUAGUUGGUUUCCCGGACAAGAUUGAAGACUUUCGACCUAGUAGAUUGGAAAAACAAUAUGGAUGCAGUUGCCUCCAAGUUAUAUCAUUUAUUAGUUCCUUUCUGGCAAUGAUACAAGAUGGGGACCAGCUUGAUUGCUUUGGAAAGUUGAACCUCCUCCAAAGUCUGCUGUGAAAAAUGUGCUUUUUCCUCAAAAAAACAUAUAUAUAUGAUGGAUAACGGCCAAAGCCUGGAUUUCGAGCAGUUUCUUGUGAACCCUCUCUGCGUUGAGCUGUUCGGGAUCAAGUAUGUAAUAAUAUACCAAUCAAUCCGAAUUUAUCAAUCAUCCUUCAUUCAUAAGCAGUUCAGUGUCCGAUGGAUUGUUGCUUUUUCUGGCUGAUACUAUGGUGGGAAUUAAAGCUUUUGUCCUAAAGCUGGACAGCAAAUGCAACUAUUUUGCUUCUUCAUGGCUGUUGCAAUGGAAGUAUCCAUCACAGGAAGUCCAAAAUGAACAAGUUCAGCAUGAAGACCGAGCCACACAAUUCCCUCGCUCAUAUGGCUCAGAUGAAGGUGAAUUCUUUUGUCCUAAAGAUUAUUUCUGGACUUCAAACGCAGCUAUUUUGUUUCUUCAUGGCUGUUGCAAUCGAAUGACAUGUUCCAUUUACUAUCUCAAAGUUUUGAUUAAGCAUGAUGAUUGUGCUCA